CUCAGGGCCCUUGAGGAACGGGAGGUUGGAAAAUAAUAUCCAGAAUACCUCGGAGAGAUGACUUGUCUCACCACUCUUGAGCAUCUUUCUCUAUAAAGACUGCAUCUUGCGCCAGCUUUCCAGAUAUUUCACCAUCAUCACUCAGCAUCUAAACGACCCCUCACAACUCUUUUCAAUCUUUCCAGUCCAACCUUUCAAUACCGCAAACAUGCAGUUCUACACCAUCGUCUCUCUAUUCCUCGCUGGCACCGCCUACGCCCUGCCGGCUACCUCCGCCAACGGCUAUGAGGCUUGCCCCAGCGGCGGUCUCUUCGGCAACCCCCAGUGCUGUAGUCUCAACCUCGUCGGAGUCCUCUCUGGUGACUGCCGCGCUCCUACCAAGACUCCCAACAGCGCCAAGGAAUUUCAGGCUAUCUGCGCCGAGUCUGGCCAGAAGGCCCGCUGCUGUGGCCUCUCUGAGAUUCUUGAGCUCGGUGCUUUCUGCCAGAAGCCUGUUGGUGUUUCUGCUUAGGCCCUUUAUGGGCUUGUCACUUGCUUUCCGGGGUGGGGUGGUUUGAAGUUGUCGGCGCGUGUACUAAUAUUUGUGGAGGAUACUGAAAACUGCAAGUAACAGUGGACUCUACUCUAGAUCGGUCGCAUGAUUAGGUAGCAAUUCAAGGUUCCUGGUUAUCUUUGCAAUAUGAUGUCUGCUC